UUCCGGUCUGUGGAGAGGCGUGUGAGGGGCUGCCCGGGCUCUGUUUGUUUUCGCUGCCGGUAAACCUCCAUUUUACAGGUCAUAUCACCCAGACCUACUCUGACCCCCACCGAUCAGAUACUGAUGACUGGAGCGGACAUAUGGAUGUGGACAGCACACUGUUUUUUGCAGCCCCAUAGAAGUGAAUGUGUCGGCAUCCGACCAGCUGUGUGUAAAGGGGCAUGUUCAAAAUAAUAGCAGUUUGGAGUUCAAUUAGUGAGGAUGCCAUCCUGUAUCGUUAAAGGAUGUUCCUUCAGCUGGAAGAAGAAGGAUCCCACCAUCACCAUCCAUGCCUUUCCAAGGAGCAAGGAGAUGAUCAAGGCCUGGCUAAUGCAGACAGGUCAAGAUUUCGGGGACAUUGAUGCAUUUACAGAUAAAGUAUUUGAAGGGAAGAAGACAGACGCGUUUCGCAUUUGCUCUCAGCAUUUUACCCCAGAUUCUUAUGCUAAUGAGGGAAUGAGGAAGAGCCUGAAGAAGGACGCCCUCCCAACAGUUUUUAACUGCAUUGUGCAGGCGACCACUACAGUAAAGAAGAUACAGAAAAAAAAAGAACGUCCUCCUCGUCCCAAGAGUGCCAAGAAGAUCCGAAGUCGAAUGACUCAGAGGAUAUUAAAUAUCACCUUGGAGAUCAUCUACCUGCUAACCGGAGAGGAUUACACUGUUGUAAAGUCUCGUAAGCGUGCUAAAAUGAGGGAAUUGGGAGAAUUGGAUUUGUCCCAAACGCCAACAAAAAUAACGCCACCCGCUCCCUCCCACAGCAAUGAGGAAAACAGUGAUCGCAGGAUUCUAGAACUUGCCUACAAGAUCAUCCAGCUGCUGAAUGGAGAGGAGGGAGACUAUUUAGAAGGACACCAUGACUUUUACGCAGACAUGUUGAACAAUGAGCAGUCAUUCAGAUCUCAUGAGAUAUCUGAGCGUGACCUUGUUAUAUAUACGUCUGACAGCAAGGAGGAGUCUAUGCUUUAUGAGGAAGGAGCAUUCAUGGACACCUCCAUUUAUACUCCCGGUGGCCAUCAGCCAUAUAUGUCUACACAUGAUCAUGACGAAUCCAUCUCACCAGAAGAGGAAGGGGAUCUCACAGACACUGAUAUUACAUGUACUCUUGUUAAGGAGGAGCCAGAAUCAUGUGAUGAGGAAAAUCUGUCAGACUCUGAUGGCUGGACAUACACAGAUUCAUCCUCCCAUGUUAACGAAGACAAAGGCAACACAUCAGGUAGGGGUGCUUCUGCACCUUCUGGUCAUAAAAGGCAAGAUUCGUCUGAUGCCGAGGAGCAAACAUCAAAUCAGCUACUAAAACAAUCUGCUGAUGAAUCCAUCUCACAUAAGGACAAACAUCUAAAUACUAAAUCUAGUGAGGAACAGUCUGGAAAAGGUGAUAAGGGGAGAAAAAAGGCUCAUGCAAAAGAAAAAGUUCACUGUCAAGAAGAUGACAUUGAGUACACAAUUGUUCAUAUUAAAGAUAACUCAAGCUCUGAAGAAGACAUAUCUUCCAGUGAAGAGUUCAAGGAUGACGACAUGCAGGAAGACGAUAUCGUAUCGGUAAAUCUCACCCAUCAAGGUGGAACGGUAAACCAUGUGAACUGCUCUCAGGAGGAUUCCAUGAAGACCUUUCAAUGCGUCGGAUGUCAGAAGCACUUUACUGCCAAGGCAGAUCUUCAGACACAUCAGACAAUCCAUAAAACGUUCCAAAAGAGCAUUUGUCCCGAAUGUGGGAAAACUUUCCUGUGCACUUCAGCUCUCAUCACACACCGGCAGAGUCACACAGGAGAGAAGCCGUUCUCAUGUACUGUUUGCGGUAAAUUGUUCGGACAGCAGUCACAGCUUAAGACGCACGAGCGAAUACAUACAGAUGAGAAACCUUUCUCGUGUUCGGUCUGCGGCAAAUGUUUUAGGAUGUAGGUCCCACCUUAUAUCACAUGCACGAAUUCACAAGGAAGAAACAGUUUCUGUUGUCUAAAAAAGUUGGCUGGGGUUUGUAGAUUUAACUCCACCUGCAUUUUAUGUUUGAACACUACAUGUUCUAGAUCUUGCACUGGUUAAGGUCCUGCCAGUGUUGGUCUAGCAAUCACCGUUAGUGGUGGUUAUCUGUGACAGGUAGUGUGGUUGUCACUUCCCCUCCACCACAGAGAAAGAGAGAAGAUCUUAAAGAGUUGUCCACAAAGGCUAGAAACCUGAAUAUCUUAUGUUGGAUUACUCUUUAAUACAGAUAUCAUUUUUGUGUUAUUUCCAUAGCUAUAUAAUAAGCUUGUUUUAACAGAAUAUUUGAAAAUAGAUACGUUUUAACAACUUUUGUAGUGACAAUUCACAUUGAAAUUGUAUUAGAGUAGCACCAACCAAAACUGAAAAUUCUGAGUUAUUCACAGUGUCCCACAUUAAUUGUUAGACUUAGGAUACAUCCACACGACUGUGAUGCCGCCAUGCUUGUGUUGCGGUCCGCAAAACACGGGCACAGGCCAUGUGAAUGUCGCAUCCUGGUGCAGACCCAUUGCCUUCAAUGGGCCCACAAGCCUCAAGAUACGGUGAAAGAUGGGACAUUUCCAAUCUUUUGUGACGUAGAGGCACGGACCCGGAAGCCUACGGUUCCCAUCUUUCAUGUAUUUUGCGGAUCGUGGACCAAUUGAAGGCAAUAAGUCCGCACCGUGAUACAGCGUUUACACAGCCAGUGCCCUUGUUUUACAGACCAGCAGGUUUGCGGUCCACAAAAUGGGUGCGGUGGUAGCGUGGUCAUGUGAAUGUACCCUUACUUCUUGGGGUCCCGACCAGGAACUGGGUGAACUGAGGUGCUUUUUCCAUUGCCUUAUUCAAGACGAAUGGCGAUAAACAAAUUGCCCCCUGUUCUUUAGGACACAUAGGGGAAAAUUUAUUUUCUAGCUUGAUAUUUACCCCUUCUGUUCUGUGGAUUCGCAUUACAAUGAUUCAAGCAUUCGCUCCACUCUAUAGAGGAAAUAAAGUAAAUUAGCUCUUUAUGCACUGACUUCCUUGUGGUGUGCACACAACGACUAAUAUGAAGAAGCAGAGCUGCAAUAUAGAGUAUGGAGGAGGGGCAGAGACUAGUAGAGAUCAGCAUCCUGACAAAUAAAGACAAAGGUUUCUGACUGUCAUAGGCUGUGACAAAGAUUGUAGCCAAGCUGGAGUUUCUGAUCAUAGAUGUGUCCUAAUCUGCUGAAAAAAAUAAAUGGCAAGUAGGCAUUACCCAAAGACCACAUCUGACCCCAGUUUUUUCAUGGUUUGUUUCAUUGCCUUCCAGUAUCUGAAGUAUAUGAUAGGAAUGAAUCAGUCUGUCUGUCUUUGAAUCUCAUCAGCUGACAAACUUAUGUGUAAGACUUAUCUCUGACCUCCUGACCUCAUAAACACUCAUUAUAGCUCAAUUCUUGAUCACCUCAAACUGAUAAGAAUAUGGCUUAAAUAAGUGUUUGUGAGGUCAGAGUUAAGAGGUAAAUAUGAGCCGUCAGCUGAGGGGAUUCAAAUAAACGGCUGAACAUUUUUAAUAAAGACCAAUUAAAAGUUUAAAAGUGAUCUUUAGCCCAAAUUAGUAAAAUUAUAAUAAAUAAAAUCCCCCCCCCCGCUUCCCCAAGGCGUACAUAGCCUUUAAAAGCUAUGGGGACCUUUGACAUUGUUUUAUUACGGCUGCGUUCAAAUCCCCGGUGAACGUUUCUGGCAGGCUGUUCAGACAGAGAACAGUUCACCAGAUGCGGCAUUGUCACAUCCAACAGCUGGAUCCCUAUUGACUAUAAUGGGAUCUGGCGGUGAUCCGAAACGCUUUCCGGCAUAAAUGCUGUGUUUGAGCCGGCAUAUAAGGCUGCUGGAUCAUCUCCAUCAUACAUUUUCAGCCCUCCGCUAUGCAGCCUUUGCUAAUGCGGAAUUGUCCCUUCCAGUAAUACAUGUCCCUGCUGUGGGUCAUCCCCCUCUGUACUUUAAAUCAUCCGGCUCUCUGUGUUAAUAGAAGAGGUCACUAUUGAGGUAACAACAGCUCAGAGCAAUGUUCUGUUGGAUCCAUCAGAAGCAGCAUGAUAGCUGUGUAAAAGAGUUGUACAGACUCCACUGCAGCAAAAUGGAGUCUGCUGUGAUAUUUGGAAAGUCACAGUGCUGGUCACAUAACACAGCUGAGGAUCAGAAUGGAGGUUAUAACUCGCAAAUACAGUCUCUGGUGAGGAGAUUACCUUCAAUACAGUUUACAUCUGGUACCUUUCUAACAAUUCAGAGAUUAAAACUUUGUGGGAGUGCUUCUUUAACCUGUUGGGGACACAGGGCGUACCUGUACGCCCUGAUGUCCUGGUACUUAAGGACACAGGGCAUACUGGUACGUCCUGUGUAGUUCCGCUCACCGGCGGGCGGUA